CGACGAUUUUGAGUUUCCCUCCCUUUUCAAUUUUGAUCCAAGUGGCUGAUACUGUUAUAGGGUUUCCCGCUUCAAGUAAACUGACAAAUUCAAAUCACCUUCCAAAAUUUUGCACAAAUUAUUAAUCACCAGCGACCUCAACAGCCACCGCGCGCCACCAAGGAGUCGAUCUCCUCCUGCGAGCUGCACCAGCAACAGAUGUUCCCAUCCCCGUCUUCAUCUCCUUGCAGCACAGACGCCGUUCUUCACCAACAACCUUCACACUCUUUUCCCCAUUUCGCCAUCAGCUUCACUCUGCUCUCCAUUUCAUCUUCCACAUCCCCGGCGCCCCUCUCUCACCUCUCCAACCGAAGCCUACAUUCUCACUGAACCAGCACCUAGCCGCUUCCCAUUCUGGCUGACGAAGACCCACCGGCAACAUCGUUCUUCAUCGCACCAGACCAGGAGACGAUUGUUCACCAUCGCAGCUCCCCACGGGCUGGCUCUGCUCUGAUUUCUCUCCCGCUGCUGUAACCCGUCCUCUUUUCCAGAUUAUACACAGGUUUGAUACAGCAAUUUCGUACUUGCAAGUUUGAAAUGCCCAAAAUUGUCUCUGUUCAUACCAUGUCUUCCUAAAUUCGAAAGAAAUUGCAAGAGCGAAAAAGAGAGCAUCAACAAUGGCAAAUUACUAUGACGUUGAUGAUAUUCUUAUGGACGAAGAGUUUGUUCCAGUUGUAUUCCACAAGGCAGUAAAUGGAGUGAAAAUUGAUGAAAGCACUGACAGAGGCUAUGUUGAACAAGGUUCAAAGGCAGAGCUACCUUUCUGGCUCGCUCGUGAAUUACACUUGAGACAAGCUAUAUCAAUGAGUGUUCCUGCCUGUUUCAACCAAAAAACAAGGCUAGAAAUACAGGCUGAUGCAGCAUGUGUGGAUCUAAGAUCUCGAUGUCCGUACUUCUACGAAUUUGGAUGCAAGCUGGCACCACUGUGUGACAAAACCAUUGGAUUGUUGCUUUCCUAUUCAUUUAAAAUCCGCUACAAGGAGGUCCUAUACAAGGCGCACACGGUAGCAUUUGGAGCAGCCACCAAAUUCUUGUCAUUUUUAACGAAGGAAGAAACCAAUCUGUAUGAGGCAGCUCAAUCCUCCAUGGCAGCUUUCAAAAAAUGGCGGAUGGGGGGCCCUAGAUUGCAAAGAGCUUCAAUUCUUGGGAGGAAGAGAAAAGCAACAGAUUAAGGUCUAUUUCAGACAAAUGCUGCUGUUGAUUGCGUCCUGGGAAUUGCACUAGAAAUUUGUACACAUUCAUUAAAAAAAAAAAAGUGAGAUUACCAAUGAUUGCAUUAGACUUUCCCAAGAGUUAUUAUUUAUUGAUAAUUUACUUUCAAGUAGUUAUAUAUGAAUAGCUAUAUUAGUUGAUGAAGUUAUGCGGUAUUGUCUCAAGGAGACCUGCUAGGCUGCUACCUGAUUCAAGGGUAUGGAAGUUUCAAUAUUUUAUUAUUC